AUGAUCGGCGUGGCGAUGGCGCUCGGCGGGGGUGGGGUCGGGAAGCCGACGAUGGGGUCGAUCCAAGACAACGCUGUCCGGGCAGUGUUGGCGAAGGUGGACCAAUGGGACUUCGACCCAUUCGAGCUGGAGGAAGUGACCCAGGGGCAUCCGCUGGUGACCCUCAGUGGGUACCUGUUCGCGGUAAAGCACAACCUUUUCUCGUGCUUCGCUUUUAGCAAGGAGCAGCCUCACUUCAACAAUUUUAUGGUCAAGGUGGAGCAGGGCUAUGGGUCAGGGAAGGGUGCCGGAGUUACCAACGUUUACCACAGCCGACGACACGCGGCCGAUGUCACUCAGGCUGUGCACUACUUUCUAAAAGUGUGCAACUUGGGGCAGCACCUCCAGGACGCGGAGGUGGCCGCCCUACUUCUAGGCUCGCUAAUUCACGACUUCAAGCACCCGGGGAGGAGCAAUGCUUUCCUCACCCGGAUAGGGCAUAAGCUGGCCAUCACGUACAACGAUGUCAGCGUUCUCGAAAACUACCAUCUGUCUGAGGCGUUCUUCCUGCUGAGAGAAGACGAGUGCAAUUUCUUUCGAGAUUUGGCUCCCGCUACGGCGCAAGAGAUAAGGCACAUCAUGGUGUCUAUGGUCCUCGCGACGGACCUCAAGGAGCACUUCGAUGUCCUCGGGGAGUUCAAUAGCCACCUGGCGGAUGUACGUGAAGGGGUUCUCGUCAACGAAGGGAGAUCAAAGACGUACGCGUGCGCCAUGAAGGUUUGUAUCAAGAGUGCGGACAUUUCACACCCGGCUCGGGUGACGGAUCUGCACCUCCGCUGGACGCGUGACGUCAUCGAAGAAUUCUUUUUGCAAGGGGAUGAGGAAAAAUCGCUCGGGUUGGAGCCGUCCCCGCUUUGCGACCGCCACAACACCGACAUCGCCUCGUCACAGAAAAAUUUCAUUUCUUUCCUGGUCAACCCUCUCUUCGAGAGCUGGGUCGCGUUCCUCGACUGCCCGGCGGCAGACUUGUGCACCAAAAACCUUAAGAGGAACGAGGCCAUGUGGGUCGCAAGGGAGAAAGCGGGCGACAAUAGCUUCGACUUCGCGACCUGUCCGGCGGGAACCCAGGCAACCCCCCCUCCACCGCCACCACCAGCGCUGCCUGUUAACGUCAAUGCGUAUAGUUCGAGCAUGGUGAACGCCGUGAACUUGCCCCAAGGCGGUGGAAAACUCACUCCAAGCGAAGCCGGCGCCGAUGGCAGCUGCGGAGAUGGCGAUGGCGGAGACGAAAGAAUAUACCAAGAUAACAACACGCGGCAGCGUGCGGCAAUGGCUGCAGUAGGUGUAGAUUUGAUCGCUUCAAGCGGGGCGCGAACAGGGACAAACAACGUAUACAGGGCACUGGAGGAGGGCGUGGCGGGUGGGGGGGAAGAAAAGGAAAGAGCAUCAGAAGCGAGGAUUAGACCAGGCGUUGGGCUUCGGGGCGUUGAAGGAUCAAGCGCCAAGGUAUCUGACGGGUUGGACCUGUCCAGCCGUAGCGGGGCGACAACGACGACGGCAGAGGAAGCAGGAGCAGCGGUAUCGGUAGCGGCGAAAUGGGGCCCGACAACACCACGAAACGCGUACGAGAGUAACGACAGCUCCUGUGGCAGCGCAGGGUCAUCGCCCCACCGCAGGCGUUCGACAUCCACCUUGGAGAGAAUCUUUCCGUCGUCGGUAGGGCCGACGCCGCCACUAAGGUCGUCGUCGUGA